AUGGGCCGCUGGCAGCCCUACCUGCGCACAUCCGAGAGCGACUCGCCCUUCGUGGACAAGUUCAAUCCCAAAGCUGUCACCAUGGCGAGCUACAGGCUACCGCCGCCAAAGAAACCGAAGCCUGAUGGACCCUUGAUCGAUUUCAACAGGCACCCGGAUAGCCACAUCGUCUUGCCAUUUAACAAGACCAAAGCAAAGCCCAUGAACCCCACGGUCAAGGUGUGGAUCAAGGUCACGAGAUGGAUUCAAUGUGUCUUCCGAGUGCUUACUCUAUUUGGUGCUGUCGGGGUGCUGCUAUGUGCUAUCUUCAUCCGCGGAGCCGGGAACACCGAAGGCUACAUAAUACGGAUACCUCCUGGAGUGGAUAUGGUCAACUGUCUCUACGCCAUCUACCACCUUCUGAGGGCAGCAAAGUCACGGCCCGCGGGAAGCUCUGCGAGCUACCACUUCUUCGCGGCUGUUAUGGAUGCUGGUUUCAUCCCCUUUUACGUCUUCACUGCGCUGCUCUCGAAGCGAAACUACAAUGAGCCCGCCGGGACAGAUGGCCGAUGGAGAACAUUCUUCCCUACGGACGAAGAGACUGACAAGGUGCUGCAAGCGGCAUGGCUUGCGGCUACCACGGUUGGAGGGUUACACAUUGCCUCAAUCAUCUUGGACCUCUACCUGGUCAUCAUGUUCCGGAAGAUCUCCAAACUGCCUCCUGAUAUGAACCCAUUGGAGGAUAAUCUUACCUCACGCCAGAAGACGAAGCAUAAGCACAAGAACUCCUCGAUAUCCGCCAUUACCCCUCUGACUGCCGAGGACAAGCGGCUCAGCACACAGAGUGGAAAAUCGACGCUAGUUGGUGAUAGAAACUCGCAGUCGUAUCCUCUCAUCUCGGAGAAAGAGAUUCCUGCUCCAGAAGAGAAUCAGAUCCAUUUCAUGCACACGCGAAACAACUCAGCAGUGGCUUACUCGCCGCAUACACCAAACUCUGCUCGCUAUUCCAGGUCCCUCUAUUCGCAACAAGCCUCAGCUCAACAGUCACGCACGGACCUAAACCAUAGGGACGAUUUGCAUCGUCGUCAUGAGGACUCGGAUAAUGAGACAUUAGCGCAGCGCAAGUCGUUCCUUGCACAGCAGAAUCUCAAAAGGAGCUCCAGACCGCAAUCUAUGGCCUCUUCUCGGCAGGAAUUUUACACGCCGCCUUCUACCACAGAAACCAAGCGCUCUACGGGCGAUAUCUCUCAGCAGAGUCUACAAUCGGACAACUGGUUCGUCCAUACUGCGGACAACGAGGAUGAGGAGGUGCCUCGAAAUCGGCCACAGUCCAUGUUUGCCUCCAAGUCAGGACAAGGCUACAGGGCUGUAGCCACAUACGAUGAUGUUUCGGAUGAAGAGCUUGAACCUCCUAUGAUGCCUCAACCUCUUCGCAUGAACCCGCCCACUCCACCUCCUGCCAAGAUGACUGCGACUGCACAAGGCUCAACAGAACAAGACUCGAGCGAAGCUACACUCACUCGCUCACCAAGCCGAACAAGUACUCCGAAGCCUCGAUUUUAUGGAGACCUGCAAGCCGCCACGCGCAGCAUCCGCAAUGGAGGCUCGCCAGCCAACGCCUCCGGACCAUCGCCAACAAAGCCAUCAACACCAAACGAUCUUCCUAGCUCAACGAAGCUCUACACCACCAAUGCACCAAUGCCUAAACCCGCGCCAACCUCACCCUUUAGUCUAGAUAAGAAAGCUUUCUCGAGCGUUCGCAGGACAGGAGAAGUAUCCCACUCUCCAGUCAGAGGGCAGUCUCCGCGAGUAAUCAGCCGCACAGGCGUUGACUACAGCGGGCGCUAUGACUUCGACGAUGAGUCUGAUUUGGGCACGCCAGGCCGCAGACGCGAUGUGAGCGGGAAGAUCGCUGAGGAGGGACGCGGUGGGCUGGGGAAUGGUGGGAAGUGGGGGAUGAGGGCUAGGAAAGUGAGCGGCGUCGCGGCAUAGGCACCUGGAUGUUGAGAAAUUAUCACAUUACUGCCUCUUUCACGUCCGAUUGAACGUACACUCCCCUCCAGUUUCUCCGUGGGUGAGAUGACCUAGUCGGUGCAAGCGAAUUGGCUAUCACCCAAUACUGCUAUGAGAAGAGUAGCUUAUUAGAGGAGCUGGUGUGUCCGUGUAAUUCGUAGCUGUUCGAUCGGACAUGGAAACCUCAAGGAUAUCGUGCUGGAUUUUGAGUUCGAUUGAGGUUAACUUGUUUCGACUUUCUGGAGACAUUAACUAUUACCUUAUCAAGGUUUUCGCCG